AUGUCCGAAUCCUUAUUACAAUAUGGUAAUCGUAUUCAUAUUUAUACUAAUGUAUGUCAAUUUAUAAUCAAUCAAUUAAAUAUAACAUUUGAUCAAUUAUGUCAAUUUCAUUAUAAUCAUAAUAAUCAUAAUAAUAAUAAUCAACAAUAUGAAUUGGUUAAUACUGAUCUAUUUGUUGAUAAGAAUACAUCUAAUAUAAUAAAUAAUCAUUAUAAUAUAAGUAAUAAAAUACAAAUACAAAAUAGAAUGAAUUAUAUAAGAUUUAUUCAAUCAAAUUUAUAUACUACUAUACAAAUGAAUAUACAAAAAUUAUCUGGAUGGUAUUUAUUAAUUUAUCGUCUUUUAACUAAUAUACCAUCUAUAUUAAUAUGUUUUAUUUAUGGUUUAUUAUUAAAUAAAAUCAAACAAAAUUAUAUUAUGAUUAUACCAUGUAUAGGAUGUAUUCUAACAUGUAUCUUAUUAAUAAUUAAUUUAUUAUUAAAUUUUAAAUUCAAUAAAAAUUCAAUAAUAUUCAUAUUAAUUAGUGGUAUAAUCUAUGGAUUAUUUGGUAAAAGUAAUGCAAUUAAUUUAUGUGUAUAUAGUUAUAUAACAGAAAAUAGUCAAAAAAAUAAACGUACAAAUAUAAUAGGACGUUUAUUAGGAAUAAAUUUUUUUGGUUUAGCUAUUGGUACAUUAUUACUUGGGAUAUUUUAUCGAUUUUUAAGUUAUUUUGAAAUAAUUAUAUUUGUUAUGAUUGGUAAUUUAUUAAUUAUAAUUAUUUUAUUAUUUUUGAUAAAAAAUUCGAAAAAAUCUUUGUUCAAUUCUUCAUCUUCAUCAUCAUCAUCAUCACCAUCAACAACAACAACAACACAAUCAGUAGAAGUAAUGAUGAAUCAAUCUGAUGAAUCACAUGUUGAACAAAGGGAUUUCAAUGAUAACCUUACUGCUAUUACAAAUUCAUGUACAUACAAAGAACAUAAAACAUUUUGUCAAAAUAUAAUUUCUUAUUUAUUAAAACCUUUAUUGAUAUUAAAAUCUUCUUAUCAAUUUCUAUUUCCUAAACGUACUAAUAAUAAUAAUAAUAAUAAUAAUAAUAAUAAUAAUAAUAAUAAACAUAUUUAUAUAUUAAUCUUAUUCAGUACAAUAUUAUUAAAACAAAUCACUAAAUCUGGUGAACAAGAUGUAACUUUAUUAUAUUUAAUGAAUCAAUCAAAUUUAUUAUGGAAUACUGAAUUAUAUACUUAUUAUAUAACAUGUUAUUAUAGUUUAAUGUUUAUACAAUUAAUUAUAUUAUUACCAAUUAUAGAAAAUAAAUUUUUAAUACGUGAUACAACAUUAAUUAUUAUUGGUUUAUUUACUGAAAUGAUACGUUUAUUAAUUUUAAGUUUAUUACAUUAUAAAAUAUUGAUUUUUUUAAGUGUUAUAAUUGGUUCACCAGCAUGUUAUAUAACAACUUGUACAAAAUCAUUAAUAAGUAAAUUAGUAAUAUAUAAUCAUGAAUUAAAUAUAAGUUUAACAAUUAUAUCUAUAAUAGAAAUUAUAGCUAAUUUUAUUGGUGGAUUCUUAUUUAUAUUUAUAUAUAAUAAAACUUUAUUAUAUUAUUCAUCAUUUAUAUUUAUAUUUGAUGUAAUAUUAAAUAUACCAGUUCUUAUUAUAUUUAUAUGGUUAAGAUAUAAAUUAAUUGAAUAUGAAUUAAAUACAAAUUAA